ACUCAAUCCCCCCGUCACCCUUCCUCCACCUCUCUUCCGCUCAAUUGACCUUCAAUUCCUAGACAUACGCUCCCCAUCUCACCACCCCGCCACUUGUCCUCCCACAACAACAACAAACACCAUGACGUUCGAGAAGAAGGCCGUCCACUUCGGCGGCGGCAACAUCGGCCGUGGCUUCGUCGCCGAGUUCCUGCACAACUCGGGCUACGAGGUCGUCUUCGUGGAUGUCAUGGACAGCAUCAUCAAUGCGCUGCAGUCGACCCCCAAGUACACCGUCACCGAGAUCGGCGAGGAUGGCGAGCGACAGUUCACCAUCGACCACUACCGCGCCAUCAACUCCAAGUACGAGCUGGACAAGGUUGUGCAGGAGAUCGCCACUGCGGACGUCGUCACCUGCGCCGUCGGCCCCAACAUCCUCAAGUUCAUCGCUGAGCCCGUCGCCAAGGCCAUCGAGGCCCGCACUCUCGACUACCCGCUCUCCGUCAUCGCCUGCGAGAACGCCAUCAACGCUACAACUACAUGGAGGGGCUUCAUCGAGAAGUACAUUGAGGACAAGCUCAACAAGGACACAUUGAAGGACAUCGAGAAGCGUGCGCGGUACGCUAACUCGGCCAUUGACCGCAUUGUGCCCCACCAGGACGAGGGUGCCGGCCUGAACGUGAAGAUUGAGAAGUUCUUCGAGUGGUGCGUCGAGCGGAAGCCCUUCGAGAACGGCGGCAACAAGCCCGUGAUCAAGGGCGUCCAUUACGUGGACGACCUGGAGCCUUACAUUGAGCGCAAGCUCUUCACCGUCAACACCUCGCACGCUACAGCGGCCUACUACGGCUACAACCGCGGGGUCCCGUACAUCCACGAGGUCAUGCACACCAAGGAGCUGCAUGACAUUGUCCGGGAUGCUGUGAAGGAGACGGCCCACCUCAUCGUCAACAAGCACGGUAUUACCGUCCAGGAACAGGAUGAGUACGUCGAGACCAUUGUCGACCGCAUCUCCAACCCGGCCCUCAAGGACAAGGUCGAGCGUGUCGGCCGUGCCCCGCUCCGCAAGCUCUCCCGCAAGGAGCGCUUCAUCGGCCCCGCUGCCCAGCUUGCUGAGCGCGGCGAGAAGGUCGAUGCUCUUCUCGGCGCUGUCGAGAUGGCUCUCCGCUUCCAGAACGUCGAGGGGGACGACGAGUCCUUUGAGCUUGCCAAGCUCCUCAAGGAGAACUCGGCCGAGGAUGCCACCACCAAGAUCACUGGCCUUGAGAGCUCACACCCUCUUUACUCUCGCGUUGUGCCGAUCGUGAAGAAGGUGCAGGGUGGCUCCUCGUGAGCGACGCGGCUAAGUGAAUUGAUCUGAUCAUCUCUGGGGAUGGCUCAAGAUGGAUUAUGGAACUAGACAUGCUGGCUAUACCGCAAAUGGAAAAGGUACGAAAAAUGAGAAAUGACUGAUGCCAUAUCCAUACUCGAUCUUUGUCGCGAUGAUUUCUUAGUGUCGUAUAUGUUUCGUUGUCCGUGGUCUGUCGCACGCGAUCCCCCUGACCCUUCUAGUCUCUUUGUGCAGCCUACCUUCCUUUACUCUCAAAUAUUUCGCAACUUGUUUUCAGUGGAGUUUCCGCGCAAUUUCCUUCCCGUCAGCGAUGUGUCACAGACUGAGGCAGUUUGCCAUUUGAUCACGCUGCGCUCGUGCGUUUGUCACACCGACAUCUCCCCACUCCAGAGCA